ACAUGAAUUUUGUUCGUCCGUUCAAGUUUAUUAGUUAGUCAUUCAAACAUGGAUCACAAACUCAAUGAAUUAACUGAAAAUAUUAAGCAAAGAGGUCGUGAAGGAGCUUAUCCGCUAUUUAAACAAACGGGUCCAGAAUAUGUGAUGCCUAAGUUUCCAAUCGAAAGAAAAGAAAUGGAGGAGCACAUAUUAGAAUUUAAAUUAGCCAGAUCAGCUAGUAAUAUGGAUGGUGAUUACAAAGUGACAACUAGUGAAGAAAAUCGUGAUUCAAUAGUAGUUGCACCGAGAACUUUUGGUUUGGAUAAUUACAAUUCUAUGGGGAAUAUGAUAAAUGGAUCAGCAGAAUCGGUCAGUAGUAAUAAUAAACAGAGCCACCAUACUUGUGGAAUAGUGUUGGGCAAAAAUGAUAAAGUGAAUGAAGAAGACUAUUCAUGCGAUUGUCUAACUCAGCUGCCUGAAGAAUUUCCACAAGAACGUCAUGCUCAGCCUAGUUUAUCUACAUCAGGCACUAAUACAUCAUCUUUGGAGUUUAGUAAUCGUAUACAAUCAAGACUAGCUCAAGGCGGUUUCCUGCUUCAGAAUGAACAAUUUAGUGGUGGUAGUGUUGGUGGCGGCGGAGGUUCUUUAGUUCGACGAUUGUAUAGUGUUCCAGGGGCAGCUAGUGAUGGUCUACCAUUGCAUUUAACGCCUGGUUCAAGUAUGUAUGCUGAUGUAGCUCCUGUUAUCCAGGAGGUUGAAGUAGCCGCUGAAGCACAUUUGGAAUCAGCAGCUGUAGAAUUUCAACGGGUUCAAAUCUGUGGUGAUGAUACUCUUGGGCUGUCUACAAUUCAUCCACAUACCUCUGGAAAUUCCUUCGGUCAACAGUGUAUCGUACAGGUACCCGUGGAUGAUCUGCAUUUCGCAUCAGAGGCUUUAAUCAAAGCCCUGUUAUUACGUCAUAAGUACAUCACAGCAUCGCAUCAAUCAUUUUAUCGCACUACAGCACGUUAUUUAAGUAUAUUGGAUUCAGGUUCAGUGAAAUUGUUGGAUUAUGAAGAGAAACGUUACAAGACUAUACACACUCCUGUAUUCGAUUCAAAAUAUAUCGUCAACAGUUUGAAAAAAAAGUUGACCCGAGUAUCUUCGCAUGAAGAUCAUCCUAUACAUCCACCUGAAAAAACCGGUGAUCCAUUCGAAAUUGACUAUUGGCCUGAACCGUUGAAUGUGAAACUUGAAUUCCACAAAGGGAUUAUGCAUGUUAUACGUAACCGUGAAACGGUUAAUGGUAAUGGUGGUGGUUGUGGUGGCGGCGGUGUUUCAGAGAGUACUGACAAGGCGAAUGGUGAAGUUCAUCAGACAAAUAACGAUCACGGCGAUGAUGAUAAUGAUGACGAUGGUUUACCAGUAUUCAAUGUGCCCUGUUUACAAACCUUUUUCUCAGAUUUUGAUACCAUACGUACAUUUGUAGCCGAUGGUCCAUUGAAAUCAUUUUGUUAUCGUCGACUCACCUAUUUAGCUUCGAAGUUUCAAUUGCAUUCUCUGCUGAAUGAAGCUCGGGAAUCACUUGAACAGAAACGUGUGUCACACAGAGAUUUCUAUAAUAUUCGUAAGGUUGACACACAUUUACACGCCUCAUCCUGUAUGAAUCAAAAGCAUUUAUUACGUUUUAUCAAGAAAACUAUACGCACCAAAGCAAAUGUACACGUGUGUGAAGAUCCGAAAACGAAAAAGCCUAUCACAUUGAAUGAACUAAUUGACAAAAUUGGAAUUACUCUAUACGAUUUAAAUAUUGAUAACUUGGACGUUCAUGCUGAUCGUAAUACAUUUCAUCGAUUCGAUAAAUUCAAUGCCAAGUACAAUCCAAUUGGUCAGAGUCAACUACGUGAAGUAUUCUUAAAAUCGGAUAAUUACAUAAAAGGUGUAUUCUUUGCGCAUGUUUUAAAGGAAGUUUUUUCAGAUCUCUCUGAAUCCAAAUAUCAAAAUGCUGAACCACGUCUAUCGAUCUAUGGUAGAUCAAUUAAUGAAUGGGAUAAUUUAGCUAAAUGGGCUAUCGACUGUAAAGUGUAUUCAGAUAAUGUACGUUGGUUGAUACAAGUCCCACGUCUGUUCGAUGUUUAUCAUGCUAAAGGAUCAAUGAAAUAUUUUCAGGACAUUAUUACAAAUGUUUUCCAACCAUUAUUUGAAGUCACUGCCAAUCCUAAAUCACAUCCUGAGUUGCAUGCAUUUCUCCAGUAUGUCACUGGUUUCGAUUCUGUAGACGAUGAAUCCAAGUCGGAUAAGAUUGUCUUCAAUAUCUCUACGCCAACACCGGAUGAGUAUGAUUUAAAUGAGAAUCCACCUUAUUCUUAUUAUAUUUUCUACAUGUAUGCUAAUAUAGCUCAGUUGAAUCAAUUUAGAAGUCAUCGUGGAUUGAACACCUUCUCAUUUAGACCACAUUCUGGUGAGGCUGGAAAUAUUAAUCACUUGGUUACAUGCUUUCUAUUGGCUGAAAGUAUUAAUCAUGGUCUAUUGUUACGUAAAGCUCCUGUCCUUCAAUACCUCUAUUAUCUUGCUCAAAUUGGAAUUGCAAUGUCACCGUUAAGCAAUAAUUCCUAUUCUUGGAUUAUCAUCGUAAUCCCCUGAAUGAUUAUUUAGCGCGUGGUCUGUUCGUCAGUUUGAGCACCGACGAUCCAUUGCAAUUUCAUUUUACCAAAGAACCCUUAAUUGAAGAGUAUAGUAUUGCUGCACAAGUAUGGAAAUUCACUUCUACGGAUAUGUGUGAAUUAGCUCGUAAUAGUGUGUUGAUGAGCGGUUUCUCUCCUUUGAUUAAAUCUCAUUGGCUUGGACCAAAUUACACGCAAGAAGGUGUUAUGGGCAAUGAUGUCACUCGAACUAAUCUGCCUAAUAUUCGUGUUGCGUACAGAUUUGAAACACUGACACAAGAAUUACGCCUACUACUGAAUUCUGUCCUGGCGAAUCGUGCUAGUGGUUCUGUUUCACCGAAUACUGCAUCCAUACACUCACCAAAGAAAUUUAUGCAUCUCCAACACGUGGAGUUGGCACAGCAACAGCGGCAGCAGGAGUAGGAGGUGGAAUUGCAGUUGUUGAUCACCAAUCAACAAAUUAAAAUCGUUCUUUAUUAUUUUUUUCGCCCGCAAUCGAUACCAAGAAUAUUCAUUUGUCGAAUUUCUCUUUCUUUCUCUCUCUCUCUCUUACUCUCGCUUUCUUCUGAUUUAUCCAUCAAGUGAAUUUUCUUUUAUCAGAAUUUUUAACAAAUAAAAUAAAGCUGUGUUGUGUACGCAUGUUUCUUUGUUAUACAGAAAUGCCCCUAGAGAAUAAAUAAAAAUCAAUAAACAUGACUGAUAGUCAUGAAUAAUCGAUUAAUCAUUCAAUCAGGUAGAGAUGAUCCACCCACCCACAUACACACGCCUACACACUCACUCACUUACUGUCAUGAUUAUUAUUCAUAUUCUUAGUAAUUUUAUGCUCCUUUUCUGUGUCCUAUAUACGUUCCUCUAUAUUCCUUCAUUGUUAGUUAGUCUUCUUCGAUUCCUCCGCCACGUCCUCCUCUUCGUAUAUGUUCACAUAAUUGUAGAUAAAGCCCGUUUUGGGGAAAUUCAAUAUGUGUAUCUCAUUCCUUAUCUCUGUCUCCCCCCCACACACACCUUUUUCCAGCUUGCUUUAUUGAUUGAGGGGGCGGGCGGCUAAUUAACUUUGAGAGAUAUUUGACGGUUGUAUAAGGCUAUUACAGAUGUUGAUGAAGGGGGCCGGGGCUGGGGAACAUUUUAUCCCUUUCUCCCAUCCUACCCCCAGAAUUUGAUUUGUGUGUAUGUAUGUUUGCUUGAGGCGUGAGUAUGGAUGUGUUGUGUGCAUUCUGUGACAAAGACUUCAACUCACUUGUUUCUAAGGGGUGCGCAUGAUAUGCACAUUAUGUGUGUGUGUGUAAGGUGUGUGGUUUUAGAAAAUCUGUUUUUUCUCUACGUGUGUAUCUAUGUAUGUAUACAUAAAUAUUUUUCUGAUUAUUUUCCCUCCGAUUUGAAUUAAAAAAAUAAAUAAAUAAUCGAUCAUGUUU